UGUGUUUAUCCGGCAGCUUUUAGAAAUCGGGACAGCCCGACACUGAAGUUCCAAACCACAUCAGUUAGUUAGUCGUGACCUCCGCUCUGCAUCCGAGCACACUUUAACUCUCAUAGACUAUCACCUAGCAUUGCAUUUCAAUUUGAACUCCAGCUCCCGGUGUUUUCUUCCAGAGUCUUUCUGGCUGUCCCAGCAUGAGUCUCCGGUUUGUCCUCUGCGUAAUGGCCCUGCUCGUCUGCCCGCAUCUCAUCGCCGGGUCGAGGAUAGCCAAACGUUUCGCCAUCGGCUGCUCUGAGAAGUGCGACAAGUCCAAGUGCGCGUCGAUCCCCGCCGACUGCUUGGCCGGCGACGUGUUGGACCGCUGCGACUGCUGCCCGGUGUGCGCGUCCGGCGAGGGCGAGCAGUGCGGCGGCACCGGACACCGCGAGUGCGCCGAGGGGAUGGAGUGCGCGGUGACCGACGGCGUGGAGGUGUCCGCCACCGUGAGGCACAGGGGGAAAGCCGGCGUGUGCUCCUGCACCAGCUCCGACCCAGUGUGCGGCAGCGAUGGUGUCUCGUACCGGAACAUCUGCGAGCUGAAGCGCGUCAGUAACCGGGCGAUGAAGCUGCAGCAGCCACCGGUGAUUUUCAUCCAGAGAGGAACCUGCGGGGAAGGUCAGCAGAACCCUGACAGUCUUCGUUUCAAGUACAACUUCAUCGCUGACGUGGUGGAGAAGAUUGCGCCUGCUGUCGUUCAUAUUGAACUGUACCGCAAGAUCUUAUUCUUAAAGCGGGAGGUGGCGGUCGCCAGCGGCUCUGGGUUUGUUGUGUCUGAAAACGGACUCAUUGUCACCAACGCCCACGUGGUAGCCAACAAGAACCGAAUCAAGGUGGAGCUGAAGAGCGGAGCGACAUUCGACGCCAAGAUCAAAGACGUGGACGAGAAGGCCGACAUCGCUCUGAUCGAGAUCGAUGCACCGAUGAAGCUGCCGGUGCUGAUGCUCGGCCGGUCGGCGGACCUGCGUCCCGGCGAGUUCGUGGUCGCCAUCGGCAGCCCGUUCUCCCUGCAGAACACCGUCACCACCGGCAUCGUCAGCACCACCCAGAGGGGAGGCAAGGAGCUGGGCCUCCCCAACUCCAACAUGGACUACAUCCAGACCGACGCCAUCAUCAACUACGGCAACUCAGGAGGACCACUAGUCAACCUGGACGGAGAGGUGAUUGGCAUCAACACCCUGAAGGUGACAGCAGGAAUCUCCUUUGCCAUCCCCUCAGACAAGAUCAGACAGUUCCUGGCAGAGUCGCACGACAGACAGGCCAAAGGUAAAACUUUCCAGAAGAAGAAAUACAUCGGCGUCAGGAUGAUCAGUCUCAUGUCAAUGCUGGCGAAGGAGCUGAAGGAGACGCAGUCCGACUUCCCAGAUGUCACCUCCGGGGCGUAUGUCAUUGAGGUCAUCAGCCGGACUCCAGCUGAGGCAGCUGGCCUGCAGGAGAAAGACGUCAUCAUCAGCAUCAAUGGCGAGCAAAUCACUUCGGCCAGUGACGUCAGCACUGCCAUAAAGCGGGACGACACGCUGCGAACUCUGGUGAGGCGAGGCAACGAGGACGUCCUCCUCAUCAUCGUCCCCGAGGAAAUCGAACCGUGACCCCCUCAGCUGAAUGAGCAAACAAUCAACAACCCAACCAGUCGACCAAUCCAGAGCUGGCUCUCAAGUGUUUUUCAACCAAUCAUGAACACUUUGAAAAACAUGGCAACCAAUAAGGGAGUGUGCGUCUGGGGCCACACCUGCUGCAUUUAUGAACUUGUAAUUAUUAGCACUGCUCUUCCAUGUUGUUACGCUCACACGCACCUUCAAAGGUCCAACUUCAUGACCCUGGGAACUGAGGCUUCAACCCUGUACUCAUACUUCUCAUAUCAGUUUUUCUUCUAAUCUUUCCAUCGUCACAGACCAUUUAUAUUCUACUUACUCCAUCUGUCGCUACAACGAUUUAACUGCAGGUUACCGUAGUUUUGUUUUGUUGUGUAUGUUCUUGAUGGAAUAUUUUUAAUAGUAUUUUUGUCCUUGAUUGUUUAAUGACAAUUUUUCAAAAAAAUGGGAAUAAAAUAGUUUUCAAAA